AUGUCCUUUGAAUAUCUCCAGGCUAAUAAAUAUGAAGCCACGCUUUUUUUGGCGAGGAUUAAGGCUGCAUUACCUGAGCGCAAUGAACAAGUCUUGGCAUUUGUGGAACUUAACGAUGUGAUGGUGCCAGAGGAUUGGAACCUAUGGAGAAACACUGUCAAAACAUGGGAGAAGGGCUCAUCCAAACCGAACCCUGUUGUUGUAACCUGUCCUACAGUGACUCAAGCAGCUGUGCACCUGCAGUUAGCCAAUGAGGAGGCUGCGGAGUUAGAGAAUGGUGUGCAAAGUGGGAUGGUGCAUGACCUGGUAUCCCCGAGUGUGAUGAUAAUGGCCGGAAUCGAGCUCCAGGAACAGCAAUAUUGCCUUUGGCAUGACAUAGCGACCCUUGGGGCACAUUCCACAGAUCUCCAACGUGCUAAGAUGAUCGAGCGGUGA